AUGGCGUCGAUUCCACUUCACCACGUGAAACAAGAAUUCUGUACAACUCGACCGUCGUACCGAGAAGGACGAGAGCCUAAAGCUGUCAAGGUCUACACUGUGUCUUCAGAGUCUAAAUAUCUGCUUAUUAAAGGAGUGCCAAUAAAUCAUGGUGAAGAUUUGGCUCCAAUAUUUAGUAUCCAUGGUGAAAUUGAUGAACUACGUGGAAUAGGAGAUUAUCCAGACAAAGAGAAAUUCACAGAAGUAUUUUUAAUUAGAUACAAGCAUAUUCAGGCUGCAAGAUUUGCCAAAAGAAAAUUGGAUGAACUUUCUUUCUUUGGUGGGUGUCUUCAUGUUUGUUAUGCUCCUGAAUAUGAAACUGUGGCUGAAACAAGGGCUAAACUGUUACAGAGACGAAGAAUUAUUGCUAUUAAAACCAGCAACAGUAAUCCUAAAGGAAGCUCUCAGGAUGCUGUCAGUUCGACAUCAGUUAAUGAAGUGUCAAAUGCUUGUCAGCCGCAACAAAAUUUGGUGCCACAAACUAAACCUCCAGAAUUUCUUGCCUCUUCACCUGUUUUACCCAUUGUCCCUAAUUUAUCAGUGCCUCCACCACCGCCAGAACUCUUCCUAUCAAAAUUGGCCUUACCUCCCCCACACCUUCCUCCUCCUCCUCCGCCCCCACCUCCUCCUGCUCCUAGUGAAGAACCGCCUGAGAAAUAUUCAUUAUUAUUGCCACCCAAACACCUCCCUAAAGAAUUACAAACUCCAAAAGUGAAGACUAAAUUUGAGUAUGCAAAAGUGAUGUCUGCUCAGGCUAUGUUCCCAGUUGGAUUUGAUGCCAGACUUUCUUCACAGUCACAGACUGUCACAGACAACCAACAGGUUCCAACACUUAAUAAAGCUUCAAGUUCUUCGAGCAGAAAUCAGCCAAAUGCAGAAAAAAUUACAGAAUCCAACUCAAAUCUUGCAAAAGACAACCAAGUGAAAACAGAAAAUAAUGAAAAGUCUCAAUUAGUGAUACGAAAUAUAACGAGAAAAAUAUCUGUUCCCAAAUUCAUUCCUCGACAAGCCAUGAACAAAACUAGUCACCAACCCCAGCAGUACAGUUGGGAGAUGUCCAGGGUCCAGAGCUUCCAGAAGAAAUGCAGACAUUUCGCAAAGAUAUACAAUUGUCUUUGGAUAAAACCAGACAAGAAAUUAGAAAGCGUGUUUCCCAGCUUUCAGAAGCAGAUAAAGAAGUCAUUCUUCAAAAAUACAACCACCUGUCGUAUUAAGAUGAUCCUUGUUAUAAAGCACCUUUUCAGCAGUGUCUGA